GAGAAAGUCAAUGGAUUCACUUGCCGCUGAUCAAAACCAUGGUCGAUUUCUGUCACACUUUGUUUCCUAGUGUUUCYUAUGGCUAUACAACRAUUCCUACAUACCCUUCUGGUCAGAUAGGAUUUAUGCUCUGCAGCAAAAAUAAGGAUACCAAAUUUAAUGACCCAGUCAUCAAAUUCACUGAAGAUCAGGUUGARAAGCUGGAUCUCAAGUAUUAUAAUGCUGAUGUACACAGAGCAGCUUUCGUUCUGCCUCAGUUUGCUAAAAAG